CACCAACCAUAAACUCAUUCAGAAUACGGACAAAAUCUGAGCGAGAAGAAAGAUCUAAUAGUCGAAGUCCUUCGCAGGUGGGAUUAGAAAAACAAGGACUGUAAUUUAAAAACAGCAGUCACUUCUUCGUUUUCCGGAUAGCCAAGCACGCAUUGUACAUUAUAUAGCCAAACAUCACCCCCAUGCACCAAUAAUAAUUUACCAAAGAUUAAUCUAGUUGUAGCUACGAUAGGCGACAGCGUGGCGCUGCCGACGGACACCCGGAACUGACAUUGGCAAAGUCUUCGCUGCUGUUUCAACAGGAAGCUUUCGUAUUGAAGGACCAAAGUUUCGGUGAGAACAGAGACUGUUGUUGUUAGCUCGUUAGCUGCGCUAGCUCCUGUGUUGGGGAAUACAUCUUAAAGUAAUAGCAUUGCAUAGAUGUAGCUAACUUGACAUUAGAAAUUUGGUUAAAGUGGCGGGUAAAUCUAACGUUAUAUUUAGCCUAUCUUGUCAACCUUCGAGGAUCUGGCUCGAUAGCCAGCCAUCUUUCUAUUACGACAGAAUGUUCUAACUGCGCUCAACCACAGAUCACUUUUCAGCUACCAGUAUGGCAGGUGUAGAGAGCCCAGCUUCCCCUUCAGCAGAGGGCAGGCUGACUGCGGAGUUUGCCGUCCCGUCCCACGUUGAGGCAGAGAGGGCACUCAUGGCUGAGUUUGCAGAGCGUCACGCGUCUGCGGGCCGCAGGGUGGUGCUGAUCACGUCGGGUGGCACCAAGGUCCCCCUCGAGUCCCGGACCGUCCGUUUCCUGGACAACUUUAGCAGCGGGAGGCGAGGGGCCUCCUCGGCAGAGUACUUCCUGGAUUCGGGCUACGCAGUCAUCUUCCUGCACAGGCACCGCUCUCUGUACCCCUACACCCGCCUCUACUCCGGGGUCAACCUGAUGGACGCCCUGCAGAUGGAGGAAGACGGGGGCUCUGCCCGGGUCUUGGUGGACCAGCAGGUGCUGCCCAACAUCGCGUCUGUACUGAAACGGUACAGGGCAGUGAAGGAGGCCGGGCUUCUGCUGCCAGUGGAGUUCAGCACCCUGUCCGAGUACCUGCACCUGCUCAAGGCCGCUGCCCAGGCACUCAGCUCCAUAGGGCCCAAGGCCAUGUUUUACCUGGCAGCUGCGGUGUCCGAUUUCUACAUACCGGCCUCAGAAAUGCCCGAACACAAGAUCCAGUCAUCCAAUGGCCCCUUGCAGAUCAGUAUGAAAAUGGUGCCCAAGAUGCUGUCGCCUCUGGUGAAGGAUUGGGCCCCGCAUGCGUUCGUCAUCUCUUUCAAACUGGAGACCGAUCCGUCCAUCCUGCUGGAGCGGGCUCGCCGCGCCCUGGACACCUACAGGCACCAGGCCGUGGUGGCCAACAUCCUGGACACGCGGCGCGGCUACGUGGUGGUGGUGACCCGCGAAACGCAGGCCGAGCUGGCCCUCACGGAGGAGGAUGCCCGGGCGGGCGUGGAGAUCGAGGAGAGGAUCGUCAGCAACCUGUCUGCCGCGCACAGCGGCUUCAUCGCCCAGCAAGGCUGAGCGGCCGAGAGGUGGGGCGUGUCACUACAGGCGGCUGCAGCUAACGCCUCUAGAGAAAACACAAAAAAACUGCGCGUUCUGAACAGCCAUCCCUGCCUUUCAUCAAACCUACCGUAGAGGAGACGACGAACUUCAGGAACCCCAUCAUGGCUUCAGCCUCUAUGUAAUGUUAAUCAUCCAAUCGCAAACAACCUCUUAUCGUGGUCACUUUUUUUUUUUUUUUGACUUGUAUCAACCAGCCACUGUUGGCACAGUGGUUUUUUUCUCAUUGUAGAGUUAAUGAAGCUUCAUUCUCUCAUUGCUGCUUUACACAAGUGUGUCUUAUUGACCAAUUCAAGUGUAUUUAGUAUCAACAGAUAUCCAACAUUGGAAUCUGUCAUUAAAUCAAGGUGCUUGAAACACUUA